AUGAGGAAUGGCCAUCACCAUGGACACAAACCAGUACCUCUUCACCUUCCUGUGGGACUCUCCCUCAACCUGGUAUCCCUGGUGAUCUUCGUGGGCAAGCUGCAACACCACCCAGUGGACAUGGACGCAUUCUUGCUGAAUCUGACUCUCUCGGACCUGCUCCUGCUGCUCUUCCUGCUGUUCCACAUGGUGGAGGCAGCCAACGGCAUGCGCUGGCCCCUGACCUUCAUCUUCUUCCCUUUCUCCAGAUUCCUCUUCUUUACCACCAUUUAUCUCGCUUCCCUUUUCCUGGAAGCUGUGAGCAUCGAGCGCUUCCUGAGUGUGGCCUACCUGCUGUGGUACAAGGCCUGGCCAAGGCUGGGACAAGCUGGCAUGGCCAAGGGGGCCUACUGGCUCCUGGCCGCUGAGCUCUGCAGCGUGGCCUACAUCACCGAAUUCUUGACGAACUCCUCCCGCAGUCAGGGUACCAAAGGCACCUGCUACCUGGAAUUCCAGGAGGACCAGCUGGCCGUUCUCUUGGCCGUACAGCUGAAGAUGGCUGUGGUCCUUUUUGGGGUAACCCUAUCAUCCAUCGCCAGCUACUGCUACCGCCUGGUGUGCAUGCUCAAUAGGGGAGCCAACCAUUGCCAUCAGAAAAUGGUGGCAGGGCUAGUGACAGCCACACUGGUCAACUCCUUCAUCUGCUUUGGGCCCUACAAUGUGUCCCAUGUCGUAGGCUACAUCUGGUGCAAGUGCCCGGCAUGGAGAAGUUGCAUGCUGCUCCUCAGCACCCUGAAUUCUUGUGUUGACCCCCUGGUCUACUACUUCUCAUCAUCUAGGUUCCAAGCUGACUUCUAAGGGCUACUGGGGAGGCGGACUGGGACCUGGAGCCCUUGGAGGCAAAAGGGCAGGGUGGAACUGAAGGAGAAGCAUGAAGGAAAGAGGCAGCUUCAGGUGCUGUCCAAUGCAGAGAACAGGUAG